AUGAGACAUAUAAUAUGGAUGAAGUUUUUGAAGGAUUUUGAGUUUGAUCUAUUGUACCAUCUUGGUGAGGCGAAUGUAGUGGUAGAUGCUCUAAUCAAGAAAAAAAAUUCAUGUAUCUUAUAUGAUGGUCAGGAGUUUAGGUUUGAUCAAAGAGAGGCAAUUGUUAGAUAUUGGGCUCUAGAAGAUAAGGAUGUGAAGUUAAAGAGGUUGAUUCUUGAGGAAGGUCAUCAAAUUCAUUUUAGCAUGCAUUCUAGCAUGACUAAAAUGUAUCAAGAUCUCAAGGAAUCAUUCUGGUGGCCUAGGAGGAAGAGGCAUGUAGCAAAGUUCGUAGCGGCGUGUUUGACCUAUCAGAGAACUAAAGUGGAGCAUCAAAGACUUGGUGGUUUGAUGCAGUAA